CUAAGAUGACAUGAAAUCUUUAAGUUCACAAAAUAUAAAAACCCUUAAGAGAUUUUUAAAAAAAUAACAAAAUGGGUUUACUUACAUUCACCUUAGAAAUAGACAUAUAACUGUCAUAGGUGGUCAUUUGAUGAAACAACUUCUUAGAGAAUAUUUUGAAGUAAAAUGGUUAGGGGGUCUUUUCCAGGCACUCUUUUUUUCCUCCAGUUUCACUGAGACAUCAUUGACAUGUAUCGUUGUGUGAGGGUAGGGUUUGGAGGUGGCUGUAGCUCUAGGAUGAUAAACGCCCCUCCCACCGUCAAAUCAUUCUCCCUGUUCCAAAGCGAGAAGAUCACCAUUAACAAGGACACAAAGGUACCCGAUGCCUGUUUGUUCACCAUCAACAAAGACAGCCAUACACUAGGAAACGUUAUUAAAUCACAGCUGUUGUUGGGCCCACCAGUGCUGUUUGCUGGCCACAAAGUCCCCUACCUCUUGCAGCACAAAAUUAUCUGUGUGCAGACCACACCAGACUACAGCCCCCAGGGGGCCUUCACCAGGCGCAUCAUAGACCUCAUCAGCAAGCUCAUCCUGUGGGAAGAGCGAUUCCAGGCGGCCAUCAAAGAAAAGCAAGAAGGAAGUGAACAGUAGGCUGGAAGGAGUCUUAUUUGGCCAGUUCCUACCUUGCACCAGGCCCCCCUCCGGGCAUCAAGUGGAGGAGAGCGGCUUCUCCCAGACGUGGGCCUCCCUGGAGAGCCCCUCAUCCCCUGACACUGAUAUGACUCAUACACAGAUUCUGUUUUGUCUUCCUAAUAAAGUGUAGCAGGAAAAGACCUGAUGUGAGCUGAAGCCGAGCUCGCGGCAAGCAGGUUGUCGGACUUAGGGGCGGUGGAUUACCUGUCUCAAGCCACACACUGGGGCCACAUUUCAGGGUGGAUGGGCCCAGACAUCCAGAUUUCUAUCUGAGAGGGUGGCAGAAACAAACCUGUUCCGGACCAGCACCUGGGAAUCUGGGGGGCUUCCUGGGAGGCAGUCUUGAGCAGAAGGGGACCAGACACCUGUGCACCUCCGUGAGUCUCUGCCAUGGAAGCUUUCGCUGCCAGGUCAGCCUGUCUUGCUCAGUGUAACAGCCCUAGAUGAGGCCCACAAACAAUGUUCCCUGGCUUCCACUGUAUAAUGGAGAGUUCAAGAAAAAUAUUCACCGAUUAAAACAAACA